AUGGAAAAGCCUCCAACGAGUAAAUUGAAUUUGAACCAAGGAAUGUACAAGGACAAAAGUUACGAUGGUUACGUUGGUGAUGACGACGAUUAUGAUGAAGUUUCCAUUCGGAAUGUCUGUUCGAACUCAACAAGUGAGGUAGACGAACAUGCAAACGCAAUGAUGAGGGAGAGAGGUGAUGGAAAUAAGGAUGUCAAGCUGGAGGAGAAGGAAGAUGUUAACGCGGUAACAUCGUUGUCAAUGUCACACCAAUCCACAUACCACAACGCAAACGUUGUCGCAUCUAACAGUAGUGAGGAACUGCACAGCGAACAGUACAGGACCGUUUUCAGCCAAUUUAAACCUUUCUGGGUGAACGACCACAAAAAUGUUUCCCAUCCUCCUAUAGAUCAUCUGCAAGUUUAUAAUAAUGAAAAUAGUGGUGACGAUGAGGAUGUCUUUGAUAAGCCUUUGAUUAGCAAGAUUGUUAAUGAUAUAAAUCUUCAUUUUGAGGGUGACGACGACAGCGAUAGUAAGAGUGAGGAAAAAUAUCGCAAAAUUCCGCUUGGUUACAAUUUAGCUAAAUUGAUUUCAAAGGAACGCGUUACUGCAAACAGACUCUACUACAGUGCCAACAACAUCAACAACGUCAACAACAACAACAACGACGUCAACAAAUUAUACUUCAGCAGCAACGUACAUCAUAACGCAAACGCCAGCAACAAAUGCAGCAACACCAACAACAGUUAA